GCCCGUCCGUUUCCACAGCGACGGGCCCAGCGGUUUAAGCCGCGCCGAGGGUCCGGUGGCUGUCGCGCCGGCUUCAGCCGGGGGCUCCGCUGCCCGCCUUGGGCAUGAGGCGGGUACGGGGCCGCUCUCAACCGCCUCCGCGGGGAGAAGAUGAAUAUCUGCAAUAAACCUAAUAAGACAGCUCCAGAGAAUUUGGGUGAAGCUGUUCCUGAGGGGCAAGUCCAACGUGCUCGGAGGAAUGGCUGGAGCUGGCCUCUGCACCUCUUCCAGGUUACUGGCUGGUUGCUGUGCCUCUUCUUUGCACUGGUUGGCUUUGGAAUCCUGGUUCCUCUCCUGCCCCGCUACUGGUUGCCUGCUGCUUAUAUCUGUCCAGGAGUGUGUUUUAUCUACCAUUUAGUUGUUCAUCUUACUGCGGUCUCCAUUGAUCCUGCGGAUGCAAAUGUACGAGCGAAAAAUUAUCUGGGGCCUCUGGCCACCUUCAGUCGUAAUCAGCAUGCACAUGUCAUUGAAAACCAUCAUUGCCAUGUCUGUGAUGUAAAUGUGGGUGCCAAGUCAAAGCACUGUGGAACUUGCAACAAGUGUGUGUGUGGCUUUGAUCACCACUGCAAAUGGCUCAACAACUGUGUGGGAGAGAGGAAUUACUGGCUCUUUUUGAAUAGCGUGCUCUCUGCCAUCCUGGGCCUUGGGCUUCUGCUGCUCAUCGCUUGCUACGUCUUUGUGGAGUUCUUCAUUGACCCCAUGGUGCUUCGCUCCGACCAGCACUUUGAUGCUCUGAAGAACCAAACGGAUCGCUGGUUUGUGUUUCUUCCUGCAGCUCCAGUUGAGACUCGGGCACCUGCCAUUUUGAUCACAACUGGGAUUUUUAUUCUUCUGAGCCUAAUGACUGUUGUCUUGCUAGGUCACCUUCUGAUCUUUCACAUCUAUCUCAUGCGGAACAAACUGACCACGUAUGAGUACAUCCUGCAGCACCGUUUCCGGCAAGAUGCGGAAGAGCUAGACAAUCAACAGGAGUCUGGUUCCUACCAGGAAGCAGGCAUUUUUUCAGGAAACCCUGGUUAUACAGACCCUGGUGUUAAAGUAGGGGAAUUCUUAACAGUAACUUCAGGAAUAGGCUUUUCAAAGCUCUAUGCCUAUGGAGAUGAAGCUGACCCUGAGCAGAGUUCCUCCCCUGACCUCCACUUUGCAGUCCCUUCUCAGCGACAGAAAGAAAUAAGAAAGUGGACACGUGAAGCUUCUUCUUCAGCCGUGGUCAGCAUAUCUAAAACACACGCUAGUCCUUGGCCCUCUUUCCCAGAUCCCCGGUCAGAGUUCCCAACCAUGGCUGCUGCCACCACAUCUCCCCAUGGCCUUCACCUCUUAGUGCCGUCUUUUCCUCUGCGAGGUGCUGUGCCCCCCAGCAGCUCCAGCCUCAUCCAGGCAGCAGGACGCCCAGACGACUAUCACUUGGAGUCCGCCAAGUCCAUGGAUGAGAUUCCUGUGGUUCAGGCUCACCUUGGAAGCACAGCCCUUCAUAGGCCUCCUAGAAAUAAUUCAAGCGACUCUCAACACCAUCCCUUGUCCACAGACAAUCCCAGAGGCAACAGGAAGAAGCUGUCUUCUGGGCGUAAGGUAAAAAGGAAAAGCUGCCAGCAAGACAGACAAAUUGAACAAGACCUGGAACUUUUUGCUAAGGUUCCUGCUGUGUUUGUAAGUAAGAGCAGUGGAGACUUCAUGUCUCAGCCCCAGCUCAGUGAGAGCACCACGGCCACACCGCAGAAAAUGCACCAGCCAGCAGCACAUGUGGGCAGACAUGAUCCAUGCUUUAAGGACAUAAGGACAAACACCACAGUGGCCUAGUGACCAGCUUUCUAAAGCCAUAGCCUUUGGGGAUAAUGCAAGAGGUUCCCUUUCUAUUUGUAUAUUGCUGAUAAAUAUCUCAACUCCAGUGUCUUUUUCCUUGGAGGUAGCAGCGUCGCUUUACCUGAUGCUCUCCAUCUGCCAGCAGAACUAGCUGAGAAGCAGUAAAAAGCCUGCUGCGUCAUUGCUCCUGGCUGCUGCCUCUUCCUAAGCCAGGACUGCCUUGAGCGCAGUUCCAAUCCCCUCAUCAAGGGGGAACAGUCCCACCCUGAUAGGGGUGUGGCCAGGGCUGCCACUGGUUAAGGACUGCAGCUUUACUACUCCAUAGAGGGCUAAGGGACUCAUCCCUGCACUCUGUGCUUGCCAUCAGGCCGCAGUGAGACAUUUCUCAUCCUGGACCAAAGGGAAGAGGGAAUAAUGUGGCAAACUUGAGGCAGACAGGUUGCUAGAGAGAGCUUGAUUGCUUCCCAGAGGAAAGAGCUGUAUCUCCUGGCCCUCUGCACACUCAUACUGCAGUAACUUCCUGGGAGAGUGUGUAUGGAGGAACGAUGCUGCAGCUCUGCUGUUCCCUGCACCCUGAAAACUAAGUUUCCCAUCUGCCUACAUGCUGUCAAUCUUUAGAUCAUGUGCAGGGGCGUCAGCAGCUGGUCAGGGAGCAACCUCAGGACUGUCCUCUCCAUAUGCCACUUUCCACUGUGCACCCUCAAGCCAAGUCCCCCACCAGCAUGGACUCUGUCAGGUCAAGUUUGACCUACUCCACCUUCCCAGCAGCCUGGGCUGCCCCACAGGGCAGCUUUCUCAUCAGAAGCUCUGGCAUACAGCAGGUCCUGAAACCUUUCAAUUUCCUGGGCUGCCAGAUCUGUUUUCAGGUAAGUUUAGUUAGCUGAAUUCCUUUAACUGAAUUCUUUUGACUGGGUGGUUUUGCCUAGUAGCUUAUCAUAGAUUGAGGAACUUUCUGGAGCUUUAGGCUGCCACAACCAGUGCUUAGCUGUGUAAGAGACCAAUGCAAAUUGGAAGAUAAAAAGGAGUUGCAUCGAUACCAAGGGGCAGCAACUAGAGAAAUAAGGCGGAAUUUACAGCCCACCUCAAGACAAUGGAAAAAAGCCCCUCAAUGGUGGACAAGGAGACCCCAGACCAAAAUUCACCACUGGAUCAAGAGAUGCGUGCAGGGCAUGUGAAUAGCGUGUGGUGAUCAGUGCAUAGACUGUAAGGGUAUGAAACCCAGGCAUUGCUUUGUUCUGGGUCCCUCUCCAGAGGCACCCAGCUCGAGCUGUUCCUAUUCCUCAAUUAUCAAAUUAUUUUUCUCAAUUA